AGUGGAAGUUGUUUCGAGGGUCAGUGGCAAAAUGGAAAGAGGCAUGGCCUGGGUGUGGAGACGAGGGGUCGAUGGAUAUAUAGGGGUGAGUGGACGCAAGGUUUCAAGGGCAGAUACGGAGUUCGACAAUCAAACACGUCGACUGCCAAGUAUGAAGGCACUUGGGCAAAUGGAUUACAGGAUGGAUAUGGGUCAGAGACUUACGCCGAUGACGGUACUUAUCAAGGACAAUGGAUGAGAGGUAUGCGACAUGGCUAUGGUAUAAGGAAGAGCGCCCCCUUCGGCAAGGCGUCGAAGUACAGGGCAAACAAAACACUGAGGGCGUCGUUAACAUCUUUACGCAGCAACGAAGGUGCUCAAGGUGGUCCAAACCCCGAGUUAACAGAUAAGAGAGACCGCAGGGUGGACGAUUCACGGGGAGGUUUUGUAUUGAAGAUGAGUUCUGCUGAGCCAACAGCUCGACGGAGAUCGUUGGGGUCGGGGAAUGUGAAGAAGGGAUUGUUUACUGGACUGAAACUUAAGAAACAACGAAGUACGGGAGAUCUGGAGAAGCGAGGGGGAUCCGGAAGUAUACGAUCUACGGGAUCCUCGGCCUCAUGGGUUAGUACGGAUUCUGCGCAGUCGGCAAUGACCAACGCUUCCAUACCGUCCGAUUCCAACGCCAGUUUUGUUAUUGAGGACGAAACUAUGGAUCCAAGUGUUGUAGAAACAUAUAUGGGGGAAUGGAAAAACGAUAAGAGAUCAGGUUACGGUAUUAGCGAACGAUCAGAUGGUCUUAAGUACGAAGGUGAAUGGUAUAAUAACAAAAAGUAUGGCUACGGUGUCACCACUUUUAGUAACGGCGAAAAAGAGGAAGGGAAAUAUAAAAAUAAUGUUUUAAUAACUAGUCAAAAGAAAAAGCUUUUUUUAAUGAGAAGUGCUAAAUUUAGGGAAAGGAUAGAUGCUGCUGUAAAUGCUGCCCAACGAGCUUCAAAAAUAGCAUUACAAAAAUCCGAUAUAGCUAUCAAUCGAACAGCUACAGCUAGGGGAAAGGCUGAGCAAGCUGACAUAGCUGCAGCUCAUGCUAGAGAAGAUUCAGAUAUUGCGGAAGGAGUUGCUAAGCAGUAUGCGCCAGAUUUUAAACAACCAGGUUUGGAGAGGUUAAAGGCUAGACAAAAUAAAUAUAGGGAAAUGCAAAUGCAAAAUCAGAGCAUCGAUAUGGAUAAGAAACCUACAAUGAACUCCAUUAACCAAAUGUCUAAUAUGCCUCACCAAAUUCCGAACCAAAUCCCCAACCAAAUACCCAAUAAAGCAACCCAAAUGUCUAACCAAUCCCAAUAUAAAAUGGGAUGGACGAAUCCUAGCCAAUCUAGUCAAAACCAAAGUAACAGUUACUCGCAGCAACCUUCCAAUCCAUACCCUCAAGCGCAGUACUUAGAUCCUAAUGUUAAAACGAACAACCCCUAUAACAAUCCUUCCAGUAGUAAUCCUUAUAAUAGUGCCAGUAAUCCUUCCCAAACACUUGUAAAUGACCAUGGACCACUCCAUCCCAAUAACCCUGCUGAUAUAACGCACGACAUAGGCUUUAAAUCAUCACCUAAUACUGAAAUUGGUUUCAAGGGAACUAACCAGGAAAUUGGUUUUAAAAAUGCCGUUUCGCCGAGAAACUCAAUACCCACGGAAGAAACCAUGCAGGGUAAUGCUAUAAGGAGAAUGUCAAGGAGGGUAUCGGGAGAUCGACCAUACUUAGGAAAUAUCGGACAGCAGUCCUCAAUAGACCAUUUUGACCAUUACAAGAGGCCGCCUAGUAGAGACUCCAGCGUUGAUAGGUAUUCUCGAGCAACAGGUAGAUUAAGUAACACAAUGAGCUCAAGGCAACCGUCAGUAGAUCGUGCGCCGGUAAACAGAUCCACCGAAACUCCUGACCGAACACUUCGAGCGCCUUCAACAGCCCGAGGUAGUACUCCGGCGCCACCCGGUCUGACUAACCCCUCACCGGCAGCCAAAAACGGAUCUGUGAUGACUGGUAAUGCUGCGAAAAUGACCGGCAAUAACGCCAAAUUGACCGGAAACAGUACUACUCCUGUUCCACCUUUCGAAGAUAUUAUUAUGAGAAAGCGAGGAUUGGGUCAAGACAUCGUGCCAUCUCCUAAUCAGCCUAAGAGGACGGAAAGCUUGUUUAUACCUGGACAACAAGCCGCACCAGUUGCUGCUAAAGUCAGUGUUCCUCAGAACAUAGUCCCUCAAACUUCGUUGCAGAGGAAGAAAUCACUGCCCGAUUUCCAAGAUCUGCCCAGGGCGACAGGUGCCAUGUCCAGGGAAGAAGUCUCGUACUUGGGUUCAGCCCGUCGAGAAGAAAUUCGAAGACAACAAGACGAAUACGAAAGACUUCGUGCCAAUCCGCUUUUGUAUCUAGUCAGUCCCCAAGUCAAGGACUGGUUCUCGCGGCAACAGUUGGUCCUUGUAGUUCUUUUCAUCAACAUCUCCCUGGCUAUUAUGUUCUUCAAGCUGCUGACAUAGUACAGGCUGAGCGUCGACGGACGCAAGGGGACAAGUUAGAGAACAAAACAUGUUUAAAACGUUUUCAAUAUACCAAAUAAAGACAUUUUUUACAGCAUCAAUUUUGGGCCAUGCUUCGGUGGGCAGUUGCAGAUCUGUACAGCGAAAGUGUUUUGAAUUUUGGUGGCAAAUGCGUCGGUAAAAAUGCUGUAACAAACUUUUCGGUUUAAACCAACCAAUUUAAAAAAUAAGAAUUAUUAAUUAUAAAAAUUUUAAAUGCAUGCAGGCACCACAUAAUAUUAUAAUCGUAAGGUUUCCAGUACACAUAUUUCUCCUAUUGCUAUAUUUUGUUGUAUGCUUUUCGUUGUACAGAUCUGUCACGUCUAAUUAACCAUUGCGUGAUAUUUUAUGGAUAAGAAAAAUGCUGUGCCGUUUUGGGAACAUUUUUUGCUGUUGGAUUUUUUGUCAGAUUUUAUAAAAAUGUUUCUGGUAGUCACGUUUUUUUACUCUUUGUUUCAAAUAUUUAUUCACAAACUAUUGACUGUUGUUGGUGAUAGAAUUUUGUUGAAGAGAAUUCGGCAUCUACUUGCGGUUUUUUGGUUGAUUGUACCAAUUUUCUAACAAACUUAUAAAAGUCUAUAAAAAAUAUUUUGCUUUACAAAGUUGGACAAAGUGGGCAAAACUGAAUUACUUUUUAUAUGAACUAUUUAACAAUGUUACGGUAUUACUUUUUAAUUUUAGUAAACACAUUGUUUUAUUAGAAAUUGAUUUUAUAAGUCUAAAAUUUUAAAGUACCUACUAAUUUUUAUAAACGUUUUCGUGGAAUACUUUUACAAAAUUUUUCUUCUAGUAAAAUAUUUUUGUAUAAUUUUUUUUAAAAAAAAUUUGUAAAAAUAUUUAUAUAUCUUACAAAAAUUAAAAUACAUUGGGGCAUAGAGUAAAUGUAUUGAAAUUUGUUAUAAAUUUAAUUUUUCAUAUAGUUUAUAAUUAAGUAAUAAACCUAAAAUUUUGUAUAUUUUGUCCAAUACUUUAGUUAUUUUUAGAAAAAAAAUAAUGGUUUUAUGUCAAUAAAGUUUGAAAAUUUGAUAAACAAGACUUUGUAGCACAAAAGUUAGCACCUGUAUAAGAUACCAUCUAACUCAGUAAAAGUCUGGGUUUCUAUUAAUUUGAAUACAAUCUUAAAACAUAGUUUUAAAUAUUUAAAAUGAAUUAGUUAGGUCCUUAAUAAAUUAUACUUUUAUUGAAACCUAAUAGCAAAUAUGAGCAAGGUACCAAUUCCAAGUUAGAUUGAUUGAUAAAAAUAUAGUGUGAAUGUAAAUAAUACUAUGCUAGUUAUAUAAAAAUUUUCAUUCCUCUUAAGUGCCAAAAUCGUUAUUUUUUGUUUAUAGUAGAUUAUAUAAGUGCUUAAAUAGUUCGUGUAAUCUAAAUCUUUUUUUCGAUUUUCUUGUACAAUAAAUAAAAAUCUACUCAAAGAAACCUAGUAACAUUAUAGACCUGCUUUUUUGUAUUUUACGAUAAAAUAAUAUGAUAAAAAACACAGUUUACGAUUUAUUGAUAACUAUAAACGAAGGGUCUAGUGCGCAUGUGUAGACGUGUAGAAACCAAAGCUUUUACUAUCUUCUACAAACGUGGAUGUGGUUUUGUUUGGAGUUAUAAGUUAAUAGGUAUUAACGCUGAUUUAUAAACUUCACGUUGGCGUUGGCCCUGGCGCUGAUGUUUGCGUUACAACAUGGUCAAAUGGGAAACUCGUAUGUAUAUUUAAAAACAUCGUUCGCCGUUGGCGUUGGCGUUCGGUUCCGUUCAAGAUAAACCAACUUAUGUGGUUAUGUAUACACCAACCCUUCUGUGGUUGUAGUCACGAUCACAGAACAUAAAAAAACUGUAUCUUUGUCAUCGCAGCCAAUAGCAAUACCGAAAAAGUGUCAAGGUUUGUCACAACAACAAAUCAAACUAAAUUAUUUGUUUAUGUUUGUGUUUUCAAGUAAAAUUGUUUAGAUAACUUAAUUUAUAUUCCCUAUACCUAUUAGAAAUUCUAUUAGAGUGAUAGUUUACAUUUAUUUUUGGUUUUACCAUUUGCAGUAAUUUUUCAAAUUCUGGAACCUGCAUCCUGGUACAUUUAAAAAACCGCUAUGUAUCCCAGUUUUUUUUAUUUGUAUAAUAAUUCUGUCUUUCUGUUCUGGUUAAUGGGCCUCCGUUUAUACCGACUUUGUCUUUUAUUUCGAAGGCUCAGUCGAAUAAAAAGUAUCGUGUAUAAGUGCCACUGCACCUAACAAAAGCCGAGCAUUUUCAUUUUCCAUUGUAUUAAUUUUCAAGUAAAAAUGAAUAUUACCAAAUCAAAAAUGUAAGGUUAGAAAUUAAGAUGUGAUCUUUAACGCCAACGGCAACAGAAAUUUUAUAAAUGCAGUAUUUGACAGCCAGCUCCAAGGUGAACGGCGAACGCCAGCGCCAACGCCAAAGUUUAUAAACCAGCCUUAAUAAGUGUACAACUGUUUUUUUAUUGUUCUAAAGAAGCAAGAAAUAAUCAAAUAUUAGAUAAUCAGUUUAUAAACAUUAACUUAUUUCGUAUUUAUUAUAAGAGAUUGGCAAAAUAUUUAUAUAUCUACGCUAAACUAAGAUCACAAUUACAAGUAUCUACGCUAGCCCUUUGUGACUUAUAACUGGAACCUUCAAAAAGGUCUAUCACCACAACGAAACGGUUUCUUAUAGUAAAAAAGCGAGACUUACAAUUCUUAAAAUACUUUAUUAUAAUUGACUUGUUAUUGUAAGAUUUUAAAGCAAAGUAUAUUUUAGUUUUAGCUUAUAAAUAUUUAUAUUAGACUUUUUAGUCUAUUCUUGUUAUCUUUGUGGAAAUUUUUAAUUUGCCAAUAUAUUGGUUCUCUUCUUUGGUUGUUUUAUGUUUAACUGCUGAAAUAAAAACUAAGUAAAACAUAGUUUUCGAGCACUGGUACUCUAGUAUGUACAUAAAAUGUUCUUCAACACAUAAAACAUUUGGGUUACAUUAUGAGCCCAAUUAUAAGGUAAGACGAAUGCAGAUUAAAUGAGACAAAGCUACCUACUGGAAACAUAUGAUAAAAAAAAGAAGUUUAAUAGAGGCAAUGAUCAUCUUAGCAGGCAUCUUAAAACCUGCAUUGUACAGAGUAUUUGUCAAAUAAGUAGUACCGAAAAUUAUUUAUUGAUUAUUUUCGCAACUGACAUUGUUCAAAACUUUCACCAUCGCGGGUCAUGAGGAUUUUGCAGACUAUUGAAUAGAUGCAUUUCAAUGGCUGAUUACUGAAAAUGCUUCGAAACAGAAAAAAACCAGUUAACGAGUUCGUGCACACCAAGAGAGUACCUAUAGAGACACGGCAACAGCCUUUUAAAGAGCUUUAUGAUGCUGAAGAAACGCCGGAUAUAAACGAUUACGCAGCAGAUAUAAAUGUUACAAUCAAUGAUGAAGAAUUAAAAGCAAAGAUUAAGAAGCUAAAAAACAGAAAAUCACCUGAAACAGCUGGUAUACCCAAUGAACUCUUAAAAUAUGGAGGCCCUGAACUUGCAGAGGCGUCAGAACUAUUUAACACAAUCUUAAACGAACUUUGAAAAUUAAGGCAAUUAUAUCGAGCAUAAGUCUAAUCAAAUCUUGCCCAAGUACUUUCGAUUAAUAUAGCAUCCUCAGGGGCAUUUCGUCAAAUAUGGGCUAUCCAGCAAGCGUAGAAUGUAAUAAACAUAGAUGGUAACAUAAAAUUGUACGAACACUACACUAGAACAAGGACAAACAGUUUAAAAUUAAUUAAAAUAGUUCUACGCUACCUUCUUUGGCGGUAACAGGAGAGAGAAUUCUCUUUCCACAGUCCACUAGAACUAUGAAGUGUAUUGUAGUUCAUUCCUAGGUUUAAGUUAUUCUAUCAGCCCAGCCUGACAAAAUUUGCAAUUUACAUUUUCUGUCAGUCCGAUUUUAUUUAUAUGCACUUUACGCAACAGUAUCCUGUUAGAAGACCUAUAAUUCUUCACAGCUCCUUUCUAUUCAUAUCUAGUAGAUCUUUGUAUCUCGUUCAUAUAUAAAAGCCUUUCAGCCUAUAAAAGAUAUUUCAUCCAUUCCACCCUGUCAUAUAUCGUUCUUGUGCCAGUGCUUUUUGCUAUUCGAACGACUGUUUGUGGGCCUAUAAAUGUUUCCUUUGCCUUUUUUAAUAAUAAUAUAUCCAGGUAUCCAGAGUUCACUUACUUUGUUACUUUUUUCAACCAAAAUUAGAUUCUGAAGGAAGUUCUAAACUAGCUUGGACUAAAUUUAAUUUGAUUCCACUGCUUUUAAUGCCGCCUAUCUAACCAACAUAAUCUUUUAUAGCUAUGUCUCCGCAGUUCCUCUUUAUUAGUUCCUCCAUAUACCUCAUCGGUUUUAGAGCCAUAGGUAUACCAGCAAUAAUCUGUCAUUAUGAGAUUAUUUAUAUUCGACUCCCAUUUCCAUCUGGAAUCAUUUCCAAAUCUGGAUGGUUUUUUAUCUAUCCAGAUCUCUCCAUAUCCUGGUCCUCUUUCGUUCUGCUUCCGGAUAUCUUACCCGCCUUCUGUGUGUUCCUACCUUCGCUUCAUUCUACAUUCAUAUUAUUUAAUGGCGGUAAGUCAAGUAUGACCUUGGUUAUCUAGGUUCCAUCUCCUUGUAAAACUGGCUACUACUGUAUUAUUUUGCAAUAUUCUGCAUUAAAUAGAUAUUUCUUCAGCACACUCCUAUUGAAUGAAGCAGGCGCUGUUAUAUCAAAUAAGUGAGAAGACUGCUUGAUGCCUGUCAAUGCCUUAGGAAAAAUGAUUGGUCAUUUUUAAUUUUCGUAAAAUAAAUAUAUGGGAUGUAUACAUGUUUAGCUAAGUACUCCAUUCUAUUUAAGCUAUUAACUAUAUACAUACGAGUGAGGUAUGAUGCGAAAGUUUUGUUACCAUGUCCCAAAAGGUAUAUUAAUAUAUUCUUGAUUAAAAAAACUGCAAGUUGGUAUUGCGAUUUAACAAAAGAAGGACCGAUAAUCUUUAUCAUCAGCGCACCAAAUAGCAACUCAUUGUUUAUUGUGAAGUGGUAUUUCUCUAUAAUAUAUCUUGUGCGCAAAGGAUAACCACCAACUGAUUUUUGAACACUUGACGUUAUAUAAGGAGGACUUAUAACGAUGACACCGCUAGCGCUUUCCGCUGGCAUACCAUAUCUCUUCAUGACCACUACUGUUGAUGCGCGCUGGACAUGGAAUACCGGCAAAUAUAAAAAUCGCUGUAAACCAAGACAGAGAACCGAAAUUCGAACCGGAGUACUGAUCUAGUAAGAGCUCCUACCAGUAGACUGACGGAAUAUAACAGUGUCAUAAUGGUAUGGGUGCAAAGUCAUCGGGAAAUACAUGUGAUCAUACAUACAACAACAAAGUGAUCCUAUGAUACAACACUGCUAAGUACCUUGGCAUGCACUUGGAUGUUUAUUUAAAAUGAAAAGGACAUAUUUUAAUUUGUGGUACUGAUUAUUUUGGUGAAAUUUUUAUACAUCCAUAGUAUGUCUCUCAAACAUGAGCACCACACACCGCUCAUUUAUUUUACUUAAGAAUUCAUUCUGCGUGCAUAUCGCGUAUUCCAAUCCUAGCUUCUAUAUAAGAUAUUACAAAAAUAAGAUCAUGGGUAACUUACAUUAAAAUUAAAAAAAAGCUGUGACACACAUAUUGCAUACAUACAAACAUAUUUUGGCAUUAUUUUAACAUUGUAUAAUGUGAAAAUUAUUCAAGAUGGUUAAUUUUUAAAUUAUUUUGGCAUAUAUUUCAAAAUGCAGAACUUAUUAAAUAAAAAUAAUAUAAGUUUUCCAAAAAAGUCCUUAUUCUGUUUUGUCCUGUAAUGAUUUCGUUUUUCAUUUUCUUUUACAGUUCAUGGUAGGAUUUUAUUUUUUUUUGCUUAGAAAUAAUCUAAGAAAAUUUUUAAUCUGACAUGUAGUUUGAAUAAUCGUCAAUUAGUGUAAAAAUCUAUAAAUUUUUUCAUUCUAAGCCUAAAUAUGUACAACUAAACAAGAAAAGAACAUCGUUUCAACUCGCAAGUUAGAAAUUUCCAAAUUUUUGACAAUUCUUGCAAAUGAAAGGAUUCAGCAAGAAGAAUUUGAUGAUGAAAUUGGUCGCACAAAUAAACUUCCUUAAGAAUUGUAUAAAUUUUGUAAUUGUAGGGAACAUAUCUAAUAAUAAAAUUUACUUUUGGAAAUCAUUGUACUAGUACUUUAAUAUUUGAGACUAGAGUUUAUGGAGUUGGCGAUACUUAAAAUUUGUAAUAAUUAUUUAAACAAAAUGUAGAUACAAUUGUAUGGCGAUUACGUACCUAAAAAUUUAUUGAUUUGAGAUUAUACCCAAAUUUUUUUUGUGAAAUUUACCGAUCAGUGUACUAAUUUGCUCUUAAAAUGCAGUUACGUUAUUGAUACACAACAACUGAAAUAUAUCUUUGGAUUUU